AGCGGAACUGCGUACUUUGGAGAGUCGAGCCCGGAAGGAAAGUGUCACUGAAGUUUCUCAACGUGUUGCUACAUAAUCCACAGAGAGACUGAGUGUGUCUCUGUGUGUGUGUCUCUCUCUGUCUGUGUGUGUGUGUGUGUGCGCGCGCGCAGACAUGUCGGGCAGCAGGCUGAUGAGAGCCAUCAGAGUGAGUGAGUUCGGAGGUCCGUCAGUGCUCAGGCUCUGUCAGGAUGUGACUGUGCCGCAGCCCGGACACAGACAGGUGCUGAUUCGUGUCCACGCCUGCGGAGUGAACCCUGUGGAGACUUACAUCCGGGCUGGGACAUACGCCCGAAAGCCCACCCUGCCAUACACACCGGGCUCAGAUGUAGCUGGAGUGGUGGAAAGUGUUGGAGAAGGAGUCACUGCAGUGAAGGCAGGGGACCGCGUGUUCACCACAGCCACAGUCGACGGAGGUUAUGCAGAGUUCACUGUGGCAGCUGACGACAGCGUCCACAAACUGCCCGAUGCUUUAGACUUCACCCAGGGUGCAGCCGUGGGGAUCCCUUACUUCACCGCCUACAGAGCUCUGGUUCACAAAGCCCACGCCAAGCCCGGAGAGACCGUCCUCAUCCAUGGAGCCAGCGGAGGGGUUGGCGUGGCGGCGUGUCAGUUGUCCCGGGCUCUGGGUCUCAAGGUGUUGGGGACAGCAGGGACACCAGAGGGAAUGAAGCUGGUUCUCAACAACCAAGCUCACCUGGCCUUCAAUCACAGAGAGGAGGGCUACACGGACAAAAUCAUGGAAGCCACAGAGGGCAGAGGCGUGGAUGUGAUAGUGGAGAUGCUGUCAAAUGUCAACCUCAGUAAAGACCUCCAGAUGUUGGCCUAUGGUGGACGUGUCGUGAUCGUUGGCUCCAGAGGCCCCAUAGAGAUCAACCCCAGAGACACCAUGGUCAAAGAGAGCAGCAUCAUUGGAGUGGCCCUUUUCUUUGCUACAGAGGAGGAGAAGAAGGAGUGUGCAGCGCUGCUCUACACAGGGAUGGAAAGCGGCUGGCUGCGUCCGGUCGUCGGUUCCCAGUACCCACUCGAGAAGGCCGUCCAGGCCCACCAUGACAUCAUUGAGUCGCCCGGGGCAGCUGGGAAGAUAGUCUUAACCAUGGGGUGAUGUGAUAUUAUCAGCAAGUGCAGUUUUGGUCGAGACCCUUGAAGAGCUGAAUAAUGAUUAACGUGGUUACAUUAAGCUUUAAAUGAUGACUGAAAAUGAUCUUCAAUAGCAAAAAAAUAAAAUUCAUGUGAUCCUGAAAGCUGCAGUUUUUUUUCUGCCCACUUGGAGGCAGCAGUACAGUCUGAAAACACAACAAUAACAUUUCCACCUGCAAAGCAGAAAUAAUGUUGAUCCAGUUAGUGUGUAUUUAAAGUUGUGAAAUCUGUUUUUAGCUCUGUUUUUUCUCUGUGAUGUUUCUAGCCAGGAAACCCAAACUAAGGGCCACAGAAACAGUUGAAGGUUUGUAGAGCUGAGCAGGACUUAGAGUUGGCUGAUAAUUCUCUGAGGGUCAUCACUACAUGCGACCCUGUUCAUGUUACUAAUCAAUAUUGGUCCAUUUUUAAGAUAAAUAUUUGAUUAGCGCAGCUUUAAGUGAGUGUUAAAGAUGAACCACUGUAAUUAUUCAACAAGUUUUCUGCUGGAUGUUCGAUCUGAUUUAAUCAAGAAUGUUUGAAAUAUUUUUUUGACCUGGCUGAAUGCAAGCGCUUGAGUUGAGAGCAUGGAAUUAAAUGAAAUUGCUGAUAUUCCUGAAGUAAAUUGUGAAAUCAAAUCAAAUUCCCAAAUGUGAUCUGUGCUUCAGAAUACCAAGAAAUCAAAGAAAGCCAAAUAAAAGAAAGCAUUUUUAUUAGCUGUAAAUUGUGAACGAAAAUAAAACGGAUCAA